CGAGUCCACAAGCUGUCCAGAAGGCACAUAAGACCACGUCCAACAACUUCCAAACCAUCACUGAUGUGCGAGCGUUCGGACGUUCACCCGACCAGACCUGUGUUGAAGACCUCUUGAAAUGCACUUCAUGCGCUUCCACCCCGCUCAAGAAUGUCGGCUAGCCCACCAUCUUUGAGUCAAUCGGCUGCGGGUUCCGGCGCAGAAACCAGUCGCCAAGGCGGCGAGCACGGUCAGCGGACUGUCAGGAAGAGACACUGGCAGAUGCUGCUGUGCCUGAGCUGCUUGUCCGCCGUCGUCCUCGUGCUGCUGGUGCUGGCCGUGGUGUACGCCUUGCUGUACGCCUUGGUGCCGGAGUCUCUGGCGCAGCAUUCACUCAUGGCCGCGCGCCGAUGUGGAGACAUCCCCACCUGGGGGGAGUCCCAUCUCAAAGAUCAUUAUCAGCUGUGCACGCAAAAUAUGUGCUCCCUGGCUACGUGCGGUCCCAUCAACGACAGCGUGUGUCACAUGAAACCACUCGUCUUCGAAGACAAGUGCAAGUGCUGCGAUUGGUGCCUCCUACGAACCGUCAAUGACCGGCGGAUCUACGCAGACAUGAAUCGCUCAAUCAUCAUAGCAAUGUUCAAGUUUCCCUAA